AUGACGCCGGCGGCGCGGGUGUGCAACUUCUCCAGGCGCUCCAGCGCCGACAGCGAAGCCGUGUUGCGGCGCGCCACUGCCCGUAGAGGGAGUUGGGGGACCCACCAGCGAGGGUCUUGGGCAGCGGACGCGGUAUUUUACAUUUUUGGCUCCCAUGUUCUCGCUGACACCGCCUCGACCUCCAUAAGUCUUGUUUUUGCGACGGCGAAGGAUUCCCGCGCCUGCCGGCCGACCCCGCGCAAUGGCUGGAUCAAAACCGCCCCAAGAAUCGCGGGAGGCGAUCCUCCACCAAGCGGGCCCCUCCCGCGUGCAGUUCCCUGCUGUCCGUGA